AUGCGGCUGACACCAAGCUAUGCAGUAUCAAGGAGGAGUUGGCACGGCGAGAAGCAGCCACAAAAAGGCUCCGCGAAAUCCUGCUGAAGCCGUGGCCCAAUGCAUCCGCAAGCGACGAGACGCUGGAGGAGCGCAUCUCCAGCCUUUCCGAUGCCGUGUCGACGGGUACGGAGUGCCGUGUUCCUCAGGGAGAUCUUGAGGCUGCAGAAGAGGCUCUUCAAGUUCUGCAGGGCCUGCAUCGCCGUGAGCAAGCGCAGCGCGCCUUGACGCAAGCCCUGGACCUCCAGGACCUCCAGGCUGCGAAGAGGGCCUACACCCAUGCGAAGGAAUGCGGAGUGUCUGAAGAGGAGUUGGUCUCCUUUGAACACCAGAUGCGCGACCUCUCGGAUGCUCUGGAGCUUGCAGAUGACAAGGAGCGGCUCAUGGAGCGCCGCGUGGCGGCAGCCGUAGAGGCCAAGAGCCAGGCAGAGCGCAUGGAAUCUUCUGCCGAAGUGGAGAAGAUGCUUGGCGAAGGCGGUGUCAUUGCGGUCCUCAGGGAUGCUAUCCAAGAGGCCAAGAAAGCGCGACUGGUAAAAAAGGGCGCGAUUGCCAGAGCAGAGGCUGUCGUGCCAGAGACCAUCGCCGACCUGAAGCGCAUCAUCGCUGAUAAGCAGUUGGCAGAGAAGCGCACUGCCGAGGAGCACCUGCGGGGCGAGGUUGAGUUGGUGCGAGAAGCAGGGAUUCUCCAUGUCGGGGUGCUGGAAGGCUUGCGCAACGCCAUUGCCGAAGCCACGCGCUUCAGCGCAGAUGUCAGGGAUGCAGAGCAGGUUCUGGCACAGCUCACGAAAGAGCUGGAGAAGUUGACCUUGGAGACAAAAGAGGCUCUUUCUCAGGCUUUUGCGGCUCGCAUCCCAGCGGACAUCAGGAAAGGCAUAUCGGCCUGUCGGCAGCUCCUGCUCAAUGAGGAGCAUGCAGGAGCCAUGACUCAGCUUCGUGGCAUCACUGAAGAGGACAUUGCAAGUGCCCGUAGUGAGCACGACCGAGAAGCUCGUAUGGCUCGGGUUGCCAUCCUGGAGCAGUUUGUGGGCAUUCUGCGGGAGAACGGUGACAAGCAACUUCGGGCAUUCCACAACGACCUUCAGGACUUGAAGGGCGCUUUGCGCGUCUUCUGCAGGGUGAGGCCUCUAAAUGGGCGCGAGAUCAAGAAGAAUGACACGAUCGCGGUUGAAAUUGUUGACGCCUUCACCGUUGCGGUCAACAAAUCUGAGACGGACAAGCAGGCUGGACCAUGGUCCAACAGCGAAUAA